AUGGCUGUGGAACAGAUGACGAUGCGAAGAGUUGAGGAGAUGGUGGCUCAGCGACCGGACGAUCGGCAGUAUACUGAAGAUGAAUUGAAAAAAUACGAAGAGAUAUUGAUAGACUACGCAAAAAAGUUGUCUAGUGAGGGAAAUAUAAUAGAUUUACGGAAACUUCUCAUAGUUACUCGUCCAUUCUACGGCGUUCUCGGCAGGGCGAAAGCAAGUAAAUUAGUUCGUGCGCUCGUGGAAUGUUGUCUGAUGGUCAACCAGGAUAACAACGAGAAGGUUAUCACAAUUUCUGUGGAUCUUCUCAUAAAUAUAGCUGAAUCCUGCAAUAUCGCUUGUCAAGGUGAUGUUGAAAUGAUACAAAUAGGUCUCCCUAAGGUGAAUUUGGUGAAAGAGUGCAUUGACUGGGCAACAGCCAACAGUCGUCUCUUCCUACGGCGAACAUUACAAGCGAGGCUGGUACGCCUGUUGAAUGAUAUUGGACGGUUUGUCGACGCGCAGAAAAUCGCUGCGCCGUUAACCUCUGAACUGAAGAAGAUGGAUGAUCGUGAACUACUUAUGGAAGUGACACUAGAAGAAAGCAAGAGUGCAUUUGCACUCAAAAACUUCGCUAAGGCUACACUCGAUUUACAAUCGGGUAUUCUUUAUAGCGCCGAAGAGAAGGAUUUCAAGACAGCAUACUCAUAUUGCUACGAAGCUCUCGAGGGCUUCCUACUUACUGAUGUAUCAAAAGCAGUUUAUGCACUAAAGUAUAUGUGCCUCUGUAAGGCAGUGCAACAAGUCCGCGGUAGAGAUGUGGAUGCGAUGAAGCAUAUGGCCGAAGCUUUCAAAGAAAGAAGCCUUAGUAAAUUUAUGAAGUGCCUCAAGGACUACAGCAAAGAACUAAUAGAUGAUCCAGUGGUAUCCGCUCAUUCGAAAGAUUUACGAGAUAGUAUGCUCGAGAAGGAGAUUUCUCGUGUUAUUGAGCCAUACUCGGAGAUUGAUUUACUGCACAUCGUACGAUGUGUUGGUAUGACCCAGAAACAAGUUGAGAAGGCACUCUCAAUGAUGCUUCUGGACAAAAGAUUUUCGGGUGUAAUUGAUCAACACAACGGCACGGUCCGUAUUUACCAAACGCCUCACAAGGAUAAAACGUAUGAGAAGUCAGUAGAAUUGAUCAAAGCUCUCUCUAAGGCUGUGGAUGAGAUAUAUAAUCGUGCUGGCACUCUUCUUAAAUGA